AUGGUUGUGGGAUGUGAAGAUGAAGGUCUUGUAUAAGUUGGCCUGUCACGAUCCAGAAUUUCACCAGCUCUAUAUGAAUACGCUCGUAGCGUGGGGAAAGUGCUUCUGUGCUGAUUAUAGCACUGUACCAUUCCACUGGAAGCUUGACUGUGCUGAUGCUCAGUUUUGGCUUGAACACUGUAGCUUCAAAGACCUGUGCUGUCACUUCAAGCUGUUGUUGGGUGAUGUAGGCUCACAUGUGUGCACAGAUGCUCAAAGGAGCCUUGACCAGCUCAGCAGGGGCAACAACUUUGCCGUGUGGGAAGAUAUAAAGACUGAGGUCCAACAAUACAGUGGAAGCUGAUGUUAAGGUGAGAUA